AUGACUGACUACAUAUCCUAUCGACCUCGACAAGAGUCGACCUACUCCAGCAACGCCGCUGGUCCUUCCAAUCCCCUCGACUCAAUCAGGAGGUCAUUCACGCGUGCCUCGGGUUACAGCCACCCUAUUACAGCGACCAACAGCACGCGCUCCUGGGUGCAGAACACCCAACAAAACCCGCCGCCGCCUCCACCACCAGAAGAAAGCGUGGUGGACAGCUCGUUGUCGCCCCCCGCCCGUCCUCCCAGGCCGUUGCCUACACCCCAGGGUCCACCACAGCACCACCAGAAUGCUUUCAACCAGCGACUCUCGGCACUGCACACCGUCAAUGCGGACCCACGAGAAGACGAAGACGAGUUCGACGAGGAGGAGGAAUAUAUGAAUAUCGACGCGAACGUCUCUGGCGCACAGUAUGGCUGGCCAAGUAGCAACGUCGAUGGACGGGGAGCGUUCCUCCCUCGUAGGAUGCUCACCCACUCGCCUCCACCUCUUUCCGAUACCAACAAUUCCAACAAGCAGCACAAGUCCUUUGUCGGCGGUUUCGUCCGGGGCUUGCGCAAGCUUCCAAAGAAACUCGUUGGAGGAGGGGGCAGUGCGGGGUAUGGAGCGACGGGGGAGAAAAGAAGGUUGUUCCGUAGGAGGGGAACGUUCGGCACGGAGGAUGGGGCUGAGACUGUCACGGCGACACUUCCGAAGUAUCAAAGCAAUCCGCCAACGCCAGUUGCAGGUCCAUCCAGCCAAUACAUCCCCCCAGUUCCUCCAUUGCCUGCGGGUGUUAAUGGGAUGGAGAGGAGCAUGGUUGGGAUGGGUCCUGGUGACGGUGUGCCCAUGCCUGUUCCCCAACAGUCGACGCAAACCCCGUAUGACCAACGCGACGACAUCCUCCCGGACUCUCUUCUAUCUGGCGCAGCCCUUCGACGCACCACACCCAGCUUUAGGAUCACACCUCCCUCGGACGACGUCUCCCACGACAAUGACGAGUCAAUUUCCAACCUCACGCAAUCUCAGUCGCAAACGCAGCCUCGCUUUUUCCAAUCCGUCCAGCCACAGUACGCUCAAGUCGUCCAUCCUCAGGAACAGGGGCUGUAUGAUCAGGGUGUGAAUCUGAACGGGGAGAGGACGACGGUUAUGAUGUAUGGCGAAACCACGACGAAUGCGGAUACGAGUGUCAUUGAUAGUGGUGGAGGUGCAGGAGGGGGAACAGCGGGAUCGAUCAUGCAGAGGAUUCCUUCCAGAUCGAACAGACACUCGAGGGUUUCUACAGCCCGUGCUCCAUCGAUCCGGAUCGACCCUACACCUCACCCCAACUCGUCCACGAUUCCACCACCGCCUCCUAUACCGACUACAACCAACGGAGGCUAUAACGAUAUCUCGGAGGUCCAAAGCCCAGACACUGAGCACCUCCCUCCUUCACGCGACUACCUCAGGAUGAAUCGCUAUACUGGUUCACCGUCCCGCGCGACCUUCUUCUCGCGGACCACGGCCACGUCGUUCUAUGACCCUUCGUUCACUGAAGACCUCAGUCCCGUAGAGAGGUUCUUCAAGACGCUCUAUUACCUUCCAUGGGUUGCUCGUGGACGGGUUACGGUGGACUAUCGACCUGGCUCCGACACUGGAAGUAAGAAAGGGAAGGGAGGGAAAGGGGGGAUCGGGGUGAAGAAGCCUAUGCACUCGUGGUACCGUCGACUUUCUCGGGCUUCCAGUCAGAAGGAAUUGGACCUAUUGAGCAACGGUACACCCGCGUCCGCCAUCAGUGCAACGCCCCGGACGAGCACGAACUUCAGCGCGUCGGUCGCAUCACCGCGCACGCCCAGGCACCGCCGCUCGAGAGGGAGUGCCUCGGAUUUGAAGCGGUACUACAACGGCGAGAAGGUGUACACCAGCGGGAGGCACCACGGGAAGAAGAGGAGGCACAAGAAGAGGAGGCAGCAUGCGAUAUCGGCCAUCACUGAAGACGAUGAUGAUGAGAGGGACGAUGAGCGGAGGAGGGAGAGGGAAAGGACGAGUCCGAGCCCGAUUUUGCCUGCUGUUUACCCAUUCCCGUAUCCUACGUACCCGUAUACCUAUCCCGGGUAUGCGGCUAUUCCACCGGCCGUGGUUCCUGGGGUACAGGGAGGGGUGCAAGGUGGUGGCGGUGUGACUGGCGGUCCACCAGUAACUGCAGGACAGGGAACGAUGCUCGCCACCAUCCCCGGUUCCCCGAACCCCAUGUUUCUCGGCAACGGACAUGCGCAAGACGGUACCCCGCCGGCGGUUGUGAACGUCUCAGCAGGCGAGGCAUCGCCAGGCUACACGCAAGCGUACGCUCAGGGGUACUACCCUUACUAUCCUCCCCCUCCUCCCCAACCGACGAUGCAGAAGAGGAGUCCGAGAGGGCCGAGGGGGCAUAGUGGAAGGAAGAGUUCGAAGAAAGGUGGCGCUGGGUAUGCAGGAGGGUAUAGUCCUUACCAGCCUCUUGCAUUCCCUCCGCCUCCACCCCCGCCACCGCCUAUCUACGUCGUGCACAGCAGUCCGACGAUCUCGAACGCGGGGGUUAGCAGUGUCACCAGCUCGGGGGUGAAUGGAGCUCAGGGCCAGGGAGGAGGGAAUGGAGGCGUGAAUGGAGUCAAUGGCGCGCAGGGUGGAGGGCAGGCUCAGUACCAUUAUGUCCAGGUGCCAGCCAUACCUGGAGGGUUUAGUACCCAUUCGCUUUCGCCGCCUGGGACGCCUACUCCUCGGGGAGGGGCUAGUGCUGUUUCGAGUUCAUCGUAG